AUGGCCAAUUCUUCGCCUCCAUUCUCUAAUUCUGCAGAGAUUAUUGGUCUUGCACCAACAGUUCCUCGACAAAGGCAAGAUAAAGUUAGCAAAUACGCUAAAUAUGAUGACAUAUUAGGUUCAUCAAAGCAUUUAACAAUGAAAAAGAAAAAAAAUAGAGUGGAAACAUUUGAAAAAUCUACUAUUCAUUCAAUGGUUGAAUUAAUUAAUAUUUUAAUUGCUAAAAAAAAUUCAAAUAAUUUAUCAUUUCAUAUUAGAGCUACUAUACCUUUUUCAUCAUUCGAUUUACCAUUCCAUCCAACGCCUGAUGCUGUUGAUGCUCUUUAUGAUAAGAUCAGAGAAAAUAUUUAUGAUGCUUGUGGUAUUGCUUUAGUGUUAAAUCAUACCGAUAGGGCUAAGGAUAAUGUCACAAGAAGUAAAAGAUAUAUAUGUCGUCAGGAUAGUAGAGGUGAUGUUAGUAAAAAUGGUAGAGGUUCGAUUUUAAAACAAUAUCAUUGUGGUUCAAGGUUUAUCUUUAAAUAUAAAGAUAGAUAUGCUUUUGUUGAAUUAGAUUUAAUUCAUAGAGUUAAUCAUAAUGUUAAUAUUCCAGUUCCAACUUUAACUAAAGCUGAAUUUACUAAAAAAGAUAAUAUUACUAAUAAUAGGAACAAUGAAACAAAAGUAAAUGAACUUUUACCAGGUAAAAUGUCAACAGCACCGGUAACUGCACAAUUCUUACCAGGCACAGAAACUAAUAAUAUUGGUCCUAUGAUUGCAACCCCUGCAAUGACCGGUAUGAGCCCCGUUAUUGGUUAUCAACCAGCUAUGACAUACCCAUACCCUAAUGUUCCAAUACCGAUUUAUUAUCAGAAUAGUACGCCCACAACAGCUACUAAUAUGCAAACUUAUAACCCUCAAGCCCCAUAUUACCCUAAUGAACAUUAUCUUCAACCAAUUUAUAACAGUACUAACAAUGGUAACCCUUUGCCAAGUGUCCAUGCAAAUUUUCAACAGCAACAACAACAACCACUCUUAAAUCAAAUUCCUCAAUAUCAAAAGAUACGAACCCCACCCCAAUCAGCUCCUGCUACUAUUGUUCCUUAUCAACUGCAACAAGCACCAAUAUUACCAUCAGUAUCUAAUAUUAAUGGUACUGCUCAAUAUGCUCCGAACACAGUAGUCUCUAUGGAGUUAGCUCCAACAAUGGCACCCACCAUUAAUCAGCCAAGAAUCUUACCAAGUUUUGAUGAAGGGUUUAAUAAACCAGCUGUCCUACGUGGAUCUUUGACAAAUUCGCCUACUUGUGGAUUGAAUAGUCCACAACCCGCUUCAGUUGAAAGCAAUCAAGAAAAUAUCGAUAAAUUGAAAAAGACAAUAGAGGCAUUUCAAACCCUAAAGGAAAAAAAUGAAGAAUUAGGGGAAGAUGAUGUUUUCUGGUUCAAAAGCUAUGUCAACGACAUGAGGGAAAGCUUAUUGAAAUUAGGUAACGGUGAUCCUGAUAAGAUCAAAUGUGUCCUGUCGGAAACCUCGUUUUUAAAAUCGAUUGGCGAUAUUGAAAGUAUCAUGAGGGAGCUGUCAGGGAAUCCAAAGACAGAGACUAACGCUUCAACAACAGAUUCCAAUGCUUUAGUUGAAAAUGAUGACAAGAAGUGA